UUUUUUUUUGUUUUUCCUUUCUCUCCCUCUUCUUUUCUUCCCCUCCCCCGGAUGCCUCGUCCAAAUCCAGCCGAUCCAUCCACGACCCGAAGCUGCCUGCCUCCUCCUUCCCCAUCGCUCAUCCAUUCCUCGAUUCCCCUCUCCUCCUUCCCUGAUUCCUCUCCUGCAAUCCCUCGCGUCGCCUCGCUUUGCAGCUUUCUUUUGAGCUCCAUCCACCGUUCGUUCCUUCGCGGCUUUUGAGAUCUGAGGGAGGCACCGAGUGUGGUGGUUCUUCGUCGAGGCCACUUCGUCUCUGACGACGCGAGGUCGGCUCUUGAUACGUAGGAGUUCGCGUUUUGGAGGGAUUUAUGCGUGAAUCCGAUCGCGGAGGCAGAGUUUCCGAUCUGGUGGAGUUUAGCAGAUUUUUGUUGUCUUCUUGUGCUUUAUGAUUGCGGAGAAGGGGGAUUCAUUGGAUAGUUAUUUAGCUAACGAGACGGCGUAGGCAAUCUGUGAGAUGACAUGAAGGAUGAUAGAGAGGUUGAUGAAUUUCCUCAAGGCCUGCUUCGGGCCGCCCUCGAGCCGCUACGUUAACUCAUCUGCCGACUCCUCCGGGCGGCAAGAUAGGCUGCUUUGGUACAAGGAUGCAGGGCGGCAUGUGGGCGGGGAGUUCUCCAUGGCCAUCGUCCAGGCUAAUAACCUAAUUGAAGACCAGAGCCAGAUUGAAUCAGGUUCGCUGAGCUUGGACGACUGCGGUCCUUUCGGAACCUUCGUGGGCAUCUAUGAUGGACAUGGUGGUCCUGAAACUUCCCAGUACAUAAACGAUCAUCUUUUCCAUCAUCUCAAGAGAUUUACAUCAGAGGAACAUACAAUGUCAGCUGAUACAAUACGAAAGGCAUUCCAAGCUACAGAAGAAGGAUUUUUGUCUCUUGUCACUAGACAAUGGCCUGUGAAACCUCAGAUCGCAGCCGUUGGCUCUUGCUGUUUGGUUGGUGUAAUCACUGGAGGAAUAUUGUAUGUUGCAAAUCUUGGUGACUCCCGUGCUGUUUUAGGCAGACUUGAGAGUAACACUGGAGAAGUUCUAGCACUCCAGUUAUCAGAAGAGCACAAUGCAGCAAUUGAGUCAGUUAGACAAGAAUUGCAGUCCUUGCAUCCUGAUGACCCACAGAUUGUUGUUCUAAGGCACAAUGUUUGGCGUGUCAAAGGAAUCAUACAGAUCUCUAGAUCUAUUGGAGAUGUCUACCUUAAGAAAACAGAGUUUAACCGCGAGCCCUUAUUUUCAAAGUUCCGCCUUAAAGAGCCAUUUGCUAGACCAAUUCUAGGUUCUGAGCCAUCAAUUCUUGUACAAACAUUGCAGCUGGAAGAUCAGUUUGUUAUAUUUGCCUCAGAUGGUCUUUGGGAGCAUCUAAGCAAUCAGGAGGCAGUUGAUAUUGUUCAAAAGAAUCCUCACAAUGGAAGUGCUCGAAGGCUUGUUAAAGCUGCACUACAAGAAGCAGCAAAGAAAAGAGAGAUGAGGUACUCGGAUCUGAAGAAGAUUGAUAAAGGUGUUCGCCGACAUUUCCAUGAUGACAUUACCGUCAUCAUCGUGUUCCUUGAUUCUAACCUCAUUAGCAUGGCCAGCUCUAACAGAGGUCCGAGCUUGUCACUUAGAGGUGGUACGACACUGCCUCCAUCUUCUUCUUCUUCUUCGACUUAUGGAAAUGGUGGGUUCUAAUUCGUUUAACUGAAGGCAGGCUGAGUGAGCCAUAUGUUAUGUUCUAAAGUAAAGUGGGGUGGUCUCAAUUUUGUUUGCAAUCAACUACUCUCCUGCUAACAAUGUCAUGCUCAUUAGGAGAUGAUAUUCUUUUUAUUUUCUGCACAGAAGAGAAGUCACUGAGAAUAAUGUAGGAACCAGUAGCACGUUUCACUUUUUGAUUUUAUUUUUUUUUAACGUUA